GACGGUGCGACGGUGCGACUGCGACGACCGACCAUGGUUGGUGCGACGUUGCGACGGUACGACGGUCAUUGAGGAACAGUGCGGAACAGUAGUAUAUGCUCUACGACUGGUAUAGAGUUUCAUGGAUUACAAAUCCUUUGUAAACGGAUAAAUCCACGUGCUUAUGAUCGUGUUACCCACUACGUUCAUUUUUCGCGUAUGUCAAACGGACACAUAACGUGGUCAAAAUAUACUAAUCACGUGUGUUUUUAACAUAAGAACCAUAAAAUGCGUUGACCGUAAGGGUACUCGUUUGGAAUAAUCGGAAUUAAGUCAAAGACGGAUAAUGCAUGUGAAUUUAAUGAGUAACUUAACAUAAAAUUCUGAUAGAUCUUUAUGAAAAUUUUUCGAACAAAAUGUCAUUCUCUACAAGUUUUUGGAAUAUUACCAAAUCGUAUCGGAAAUUAUUAUCGAAAUAUCCGUUAAUUACUCAAGCGGUGCAAGCUGGCACUUUAAUGGCACUUGGAGAUCAGAUCGCGCAAAACGUAGUUGAACGACGACAAUGGAAGGAUUUAGAUUUUGUAAGGACAGCACAGUUUGGGAGUAUUGGAUUUUUUGUAGCUGGACCUACUUUGAGAACCUGGUAUGGAAUAUUAGACAAACGUAUCGGUUCGAAAGGAGGACUCGUAGUGUUAAAGAAGGUGUGCUGCGAUCAGCUGCUUUUCGCACCCUCUUUCUUGGCAGUUUUACUGUCGACAAUCGGCAUUUUACAAGGGAACGAUUUAGAACAAUUAAAAGUGAAGCUGCGCAACGAGUAUCCCGAUAUUUUAAAGAAUAAUUAUAAGCUUUGGCCUAUGGUACAGUUAAUUAACUUUUAUGUCGUAAGUCUACAAUAUCAGGUUCUAGUAGUACAAGUAGUAGCUCUGUUUUGGAACACUUACAUCUGCUACAGGACAAGUUUAGGAACAGAAAGAUUGGUAAUAUAAUGAAAAUGCAAACCUAUAAAAAUAUAUGCUUUUCAAAUACGAAUGUUAUUACUUGUAAAUUUUAUACUUUCCGAAUACCAACGUGGCUCGAAAAUGAGAGUUACAGAAUUAUGUCUAUCACUAAAUAAACAAUAUAGUAUUGUAACGUGAAA